CGUCUUCAAGCGUUGCGUUUGGGUCUUUUUUUUAUUUAGUUCAGGUCAAAUAACACCGCCAAGGACGAAGCUGCCUCUACGGUAGUGAUACUACUGUUUUUUUCGUUAAUAUCCAUCGUUUCGAUAUGCGCUUCCUCAGGCUCGGGGCCGUGUUAGGCUUGGUCGUGUCGAUUACAGCUGCCUCCCCAAUAUGCCCUAUUGACGGGCCUGCUUUUCCUAAGCCUCUCCGACCGUCUCAGAACGAAGCGAUUAAGGCUGCAGUAGCAACGCUGAAAGAUGUGUUCGCUAAUAUCACAGAAAAAGCUCAUGACUAUUCUCUAUCAGUACAGGUCUUCUCGUCAAAUGAGCCGGAGCCUCUAUUCUCGCUGUCACAUACAGCACCAAAGCUCGCGAGUCAGAAUAGUACAGGGGUAAAGACAGUCGACGAGAACACCGUAUUCAGGCUUGGUAGCUUAACAAAGAUUUAUACAAUAUACUCAUUCCUGAUCAACGCUGGAGAUAAGCUUUGGAACGAGCCAGUCACUAAAUACGUACCUGAACUUCAAGCGUUGGCUAAUCGGUCGGACCCAGUGAGCUACGUGGCGUGGGAUGAGAUCACACUUGGGGGGUUAGCAACACAGCUGACGGGAAUUCCCCGUGAAUAUGCGUUACUUGGAGAGUUGACACAAUCUAAGGAGACAAGGGACAAGGUGUUACAAUAUGGAUUUCCACCGUUGACUCCGGACCAAAAGCCUCCUUGUGGAGCGUACCCGACGUGUAACCGAGCGCAAUUCUUCAAUGGGAUUGGUUCAUUCUACCCAUCUCUGGCUCCUUUCCAGACGCCAGCAUACUCCAACGUUGCAUUCCAACUUCUAGGAUAUGCCCUGGAAACAAUUACGGGGAAGACCUUCCAGUCAUUGAUGCAAGAGACCGUGAUCGAGCCGUUAGGGUUGAAUAAUACGUUUCUGAAGGCACCCGAAGAUUCGCGUGGCAUUAUCCCCGGCGAUCAUUAUGAGACGGGCUGGGCUUUUGAUAUUGGUGAAUCAGUGGCCACUGGGAACAUGUACGCCUCAGCCAGGGACGUAUCUACGCUGGGUCGGGCAAUCCUUAGCCACAAGCUGCUCUCGCCAAUUGCCACAAGGCGUUGGCUUAAGCCUUUCGCCUUUUCGUCCGACCCACUGGCCAUGGUUGGAAUGCCUUGGGGUGCCAGAAGGAUUAAACUGGAAGACACAUACAGAUAUACGACGGCUUUCAAUAAAGCCGGGAAUAUUGGAGACUACAGUGCUCUCUUGGCUAUUCUACCGGACUUCGACAUAGGAUUUACCGUCCUCCUAGCUGGCGAGUUACCAGGAAAUGCCGGCUUUGGUCUUGCAGAUACUCUCGGAGAAUAUAUCCUCCCCGCGAUAGAAGAAGCUGCUCGUACCGAAGCAGGAGCCAAGUACAGCGGACACUACGUCUACCCAAACCAAAAAAUAAACUCGUCCAUGACCAUCACCACCGACGAGCUCCCCGGGCUGAGUAUAUCCCAAUGGUUCAGCAACGGCACAGAUUUCGCUUGGAUAUCAACAGUCUUACAAAAUCAAUACUACCCGGUGAAGCCUCGCAUCAGGCUCUACCCGAGCGGGCUCGAGGGGCCGGCAGAAAACGGCGGAAAGCGUGUAGCGUUCAAAGCAAUGUUUGAAGAUGCAGACGCCCCGAGAAAUAAUAACAAGAUGUUCUCGACAGAAUGCGGGUCGUGGGUCUCUAUUGAGUCGGUCAUAUAUGGGUCGGCUGCUGUGGACGAGUUGAUUUUCAACCUGGAUUCAAGUGGUAAAGUUGUUAGCGUUAUGUCGCCGUCGCUGAGAGUUACUUUGAACAAGGAAUAGUUUAUUCUUCUCUCUCGAAUUCAACAUUAUAAUAUGAGAAUAUUAUAUGGCGUCUAGUUCUAAUCCGUAGUUUGUAAUAAGAUUUAGGCAGGGCCAUUGGCUUUUCUUGUAUUGUACAAUACGAU